AUGCUGUCCAAGAGCAAAGUGAUAUUCAAGUUCAAGGGCAGCCUGAUAGCUCACAACCUGAAUAAUGUUUGCAGCUCCAGACUAUACACACAACUUGUUCAGGCAGACCAGUUUGCUUACCAAGACGAUAUGUUGAUUUUUUACCACCAACCGUCACUCGAAGAAGACAAGACACUCAAACCAACGAUAUGCACCCCUCUCCUCACACAUCUGAACACCAAAUUCCACAUUCCCAAAGUCCCCAAUGUCUUAGAUCUAGCGAGGACGUGGAUGAAAUUCCCUCAGAGAAUAUUGAGACAAAACCAGAUUCAUUGGCCAUCUUCAACCCCAGAAAGUGGCAUGUCACUGGACACUAUAUGUGAUACUCCAAACCUCAAAGCAGACAUGACAGAACAAGCUGUGUUGCCUCAGCAAAGGGUCUUUGGUCUGUCGCCAUCAGAAAUUCCACCAGAGCACCUUUUCUUGCCAUUCACAAAUCCUAGCUGUGGCAUUCUCAUGGCAUGGCAAUACACAGGGACAUCAACAAAAUCAGCAGCGGAGCUUACACGGCUAGCAGCCUAUCUUCGUGAUCCUCUAUUUGAUCCUAGUGACCUUGAUGGUUUCAACCCCACUCGUGAACAUAAACUCCUUUACAAAUAUCUGCAGGACCGAGAAAAUCCCUUUCAUGAAGAAAAUGGCUGGCAAGAAUCAGUGGUCAAAAUUUGCUUGCCAAAAGAAAAGAAAAAAUGGGCUCAAGAAGAUGAUGCGCCAGAACUUGAAAUACCAGGUGUUUUUGAGGACGAGGUUUUCAAAACUUACCACACAACACCCUUUCGUCGAUACUGGAAACCAUCAGAUGAUUCAGAUCACACCGUUAGACUCUAUUCUGAAGCUUAUUCAUCAGAUGCAUAUAUUGAUGCUUACAACGAAGUCAACAAUCUACCACGAGAGCCUGGGGACGAACUUGAACACACAGUUGCCUCGCUUAUGUUGUGGUCUGACUCCACACAUCUUGCAAAUUUUGGUAAUGCAAGUAUAUGGCCGUUCUAUGUGUUACUUGGUAAUCAGUCCAAGUACACCCGAGGCAAACCCACAUCUAUGGCAUGCCACCAUCUGGCUUAUAUCCCUACACUGCCGGAUGACAUUCAAGAAGUCUAUAUCUCCCUUUUUGGUGAAGCUGCAACAUCUGCAAACGAGAACUAUCCAGAAAAGAUACUACUUGCAAGCAUCAAAUUUCUAGGCAAUUGCCCAUGCCCACAUUGCUAUGUCAGAAAAUCAGAAGUUCACAAAAUGGGUAAAAAAAAGGAUAUGACUUGCCGUCGCAAGUCAAGAGUAGAUGACAACAUGCGCUGCAACAAGGUCAAUCUGGCACAGGAGCUUAUCUUUCAGCAUGGCAUUCCCAUAAAUAGUGAAAGAAUAGAAUCAGUGCUGGGUGAACAUUCUGUGAUUCCAACUCGAAAUGCUGUCUCAGAGCGUCUCUAUGAAUUUGGGUGUGCAAUGCCGGUAUUCCAAGGUCUACUGUCUGGGAGCCACAACACAAUCAUUCUUGACCUCAUAUUUGCCCUUGAAACUUGGCAUGCAUAUGCAAAGCUUCAUCUGCAUACUGAUGACACUCUCAAGUUUUUUGACGAUGCAACUAUAACACUCAGCCAGGCUGUGCACAAGUCCUUGAAAACCACUUGUGAGUUGUAUGACACAACUGAACUCCCUCAAGAGGAGGCUGCAUGUGGGAGACGAACUGCUGCCCUUGCUUCCAAGAUGGCCAAUGUGGGAAGUCAAGGACUUGGCCAAGACGAUCCAGCAAGAGCGAAGUACACUGGUCCCAAGCGAAAGAAAUUCAACCUGACAACAUACAAGUACCAUGCUCUAGGUGACUACCCAGAUACUAUACGACAAUUUGGAACAACAGAUAGCUAUUCAACACAGCUUGGUGAACUACAACAUCAAUGUGCCAAACAACGGUUCCCGCAAACAAGCAAACAUCAUCUCAUCUCACAAAUGACUCAUCAAGAUGCACGCAAAUGGCUUCUCACCAAGAUUUCCCAACAGCGCAAAGCAGAUAUAUCACCCAUUACAAACACAACAUCCAACAAAAAAUAUACACAACAGUUGGAUGAUAAUCUACCUUACACAAACCCAUCAACGCACUACCAUAUUGCAAAGUCAAGUCGAGACAAAGUUGGGCUGACAAAAUGGCUUGGGGACUUAGAUUUCAUACCACACUUGAAAAACCAUUUACUAGGACGACUCCUUGGUGUAACAUACAAGGGUGAUGAGAUUUUCUAUACUGACAAGCAAUGUGGCACCGUAAAAAUCCUCAAGAACAAACUCUACUGGCACCAAGUGCUACGUUUGAACUAUACCACUUAUGAUCUACGACGUGAACAAGACUCAAUUAAUCCUCGGACACACCCUGACAUUAUGGUUCUUGCCCAUGAAGACCCAGAUGAGACCGAGGAACCCCACCCAUACUGGUACACUAGGGUCAUCAAAAUUUUCCACAUAAAUGUCAAACAUCACAGUGGCCAGUCCAAACUCUCGGAGCCGCAGCAAAUGGAUGUACUUUGGGUACGUUGGUUUGCACGCGACACAAGUACACCCACUGGGUGGGCAGCAAAACGUUGGCACCGAGUUGGCUUUAUGGAUGGGCUUGAACCUGGCGCAUUUGGAUUUCUUGAUCCCGAUGUUGUGAUUCGAGGCAUCCAUCUCAUUCCGGCAUUUGCAUAUGGUCGCACAGAUGAAUACUUACCCCCAUCAAUCACACGACAACCAAAUGAAACUAAUGAAGACUGGGCUUUUUUUGAUGUUAAUAUUUUUGUAGACUGUGACAUGUUCAUGCGGUAUCGAGGCGGUGGUGUUGGGCACAAGGCAACAAGAGAGUGGGACUCUUUCCUUCAGAAAGAGCCCCACAGUUCAACAGACCACAAGAACGAGCCAGCACAGGUUGAGGGUGAGGGUGAUGAUGGCAUAGAGAUAAGCGAGGGCUGGGACACCGAAGAAGAGAGUGAUGAGGAGCAAGAGUUGGAGGGAGAGAACGACAAGGAAGAGGCUGAGGUUAUAGAAGAUGAGGGAGCACAGGAGUGUUAUGGCAAGGACAAGCUUGGAGACGAAGAAGUGUUGGAUGUAGAGGGUUUUGCACCACUGUAG